AUGCUCCGUAGUCUUCUAUCAGGCACCGUGGUCUCGACAGCGCCGAGAGCUAACGACGACGAAUAUACGACGAACAGCAGAUCCAAGAUCAGCUCGUUCGCCUCUGCGAAACUUCACCUGACCGCUUCACCCCUGUAUCCGUCGCGGCGCAACCAAAACACACUACCAGCUACCACAGACGACGACCUCCGGGCACCACCGCAAUCAACCAUGUCCUCCCGCCCCUCACACAUCGAGUCUGAGGCUGAUCCCACCAUGGCCGCCAGCUGGAGUCUGCAUCAAGACGCGGAGCUGAACCGCGAGUACACCCUCGUCGACAACGACGACAUCAACGAACAGGGGUACGAUAUCAUCCCCGACAUCAAGACCACUCUCGUCGAGAGCAACCCCAAGAAACCUCCCCACCCCCUCGACCACUACGCCGACGACCGCAGCUACAUCAGAAAGCUGGCUGAGCGCAUGGAGUACUGGGUGUCCCACCCGGCCGCUCGCCUCAAGGGUGGCAAGCAACGAACACCCGGCGAACGCAGCGACGAAAACCGGGCUGCCCAANAGGAGGCCGACGACGCUACCUGGGUCGCCGACAUCAAGAGCGACAUAAGAUGUUUGUGGGACAACAUGGGCGUCGGUCAAGAUCUCCUCAAUGGCGAGCUGCAGUGUUUGAGCGUUGCGUUCUUCUCCGAAUGCCGGGAGAAACUCAAGAAGAUUGAGGAUGAGGGCCAUGGUGUCGGCCUAGUUCAGUUCCAGACCACUGUGCGCUCUCUUNUGGUCGGGCACGACCUCAAGCUUUCAGGAGAAGGAAUCAAGGUUAUGAAGGAAAUGGCCACCGACAAGCAAGCUCUCCGCAACCGUCACACCUUCAGCUUCGAAGAACAGAGGGACAUCAGCAAGUUUGCUGCUCAGAUGAUGGAUCGUUUGUCGAGAUGGGAAUGCGACAUUCUCCGCAAACGCCUGUCCUCCACUAUGACUCCUGAGCAGAGAGCAAUCCACGUCCGCCACAACCUGGAUCUCGUCCGUCGCUACUUUAAUAACCGUGCUGUCAAAGCGUUUGCUGGAGGAAAGAUGAAGCUGAUGGAAGAGGAAUUGACAAAGCUAUUGAAAGGAGAAAAGGAGCGCAGCAGGAGACUUUGGGAGGAAGAUUUGAACCGCCAACAGGAGCAUCAUGAAGAGCAGAUCGAGCUUCUUAGAGAGCAGCUGGAGCGUCCGAAGUACUGA